UGCCUGUAGCCUACUACCAUCCUGCCCGAACAUUUUCCUACGGAAGCGGAGCGCUGGGGAAAAGCCUAGUGGGGAUGAGCAAGGUUACUACCUAGCAAUAUCCUACGGAUACACAUGGAGCCUCCAUCAUCUCUGCAAGUUUGCGUUUAUCACCAAGUCUAAACUCGUUCAUUAGAGUCUCCAGCAAAUAGUGAAACUAUAUAUUUCCUUCUUUCGGAUCUGUUUAUGUUUCUUUCUAUGCAUUAUAUUUCCUGAAAGGACUGGCAUGAACGUGGAUUUUGACAUUUGAUUAGGCGCAGCCGGAUUCCUUUUUUUCGUGGAACAGUCUCCUUUCUGCGCUCCGCAUACAGAGCAUCACCAUGGACGUUUUGGCGAAUCACGGUAUUUUUCAGGAACUCCAGCUCGUGCAUGACACCGGCUACUUCUCUGCGAUGCCUUCGCUGGAGGAGAACUGGCAGCAGACAUGCCUGGAGUUGGAGCGUUACCUACAGACGGAGCCCAAGAGGCUGUCGGACCUCUUUGACGAGGAGCUUGACUGCCUGCUCACCCCGGCCUACCUGAAGGAGGACAGUGAAGAAGAACUACUAGACCCCCUCCUCCCCAGCCUCCCGGACCCCCCCAGCCCUCCUCUACCGCCCCUGCUCUGCCCCUCUCGGAAGCACCUCUCUGGGGCCUUGAAGUCUGCCAAACUUAGAGACGGGAUGGGGUUAGGGUCUGGAGGGGGAGGGGUACACCCAGCCCAGUUGAGCGCCGUCACCUCCCUGACGCCGCCCUCGUCCCCGGAGCUGGGACGCCACCUGGUCAAGCCCGACCCCCACCAGACUCUGACAGCGUCCGCGGACGGCACGCUCACUCUCAAACUGGUAGCGAGGAAGGUGGGGCUGAGCUCCGCCAUGCUGGCAGCGACAGACGCGCCACCGCUGCCCACAAGGCGUGACACCACAGGCGGGCACAGCGACGGCGAGCAGGGGGGCACGUGUGUGAUGGGCGUGGGGGGUAUCUCUGAGAACAAGAAGAGGGUCCACCGUUGCCAGUUUAACGGCUGCAGGAAGGUCUACACCAAGAGCUCCCAUCUCAAGGCACACCAGAGGACACACACAGGUGAGAAGCCCUACAAGUGCUCAUGGGAGGGCUGUGAGUGGCGGUUCGCCCGGAGCGAUGAGCUGACGAGACACUACCGCAAACACACGGGCGCAAAGCCUUUUAAGUGUGACCACUGUGACAGGUGUUUCUCACGGUCGGACCAUUUGGCGCUACACAUGAAAAGGCAUAUCUGAGGAGUUGGAGGGAGAAGAGAGGGAGAGGAGGAGAGCGAGAAGAGGAGAGGUGAAGAUGGAGGUGAACGUCACGCCUGUCUCCGUUGUGUUGAAAAGGGUACUGAGAGAGAGAGUUCAAUCAAAAUCUUGGUUGCAUCAGAUCAAGGAUCGGAUCAGCCUUGGGAGACAUGGGAGAGCCAGACAAACGGACAGGGUCUGUGGGGCUGCAUUGGGCACGUAAUCAUGGUGUUUGUGUACAGACAGAUAAACAGACAGUCUGGUCUAAUGUUGUUCCCAAAGCAGCUCUGCCUCACCCGAGUCCUGGAAAUCUGAUACUGCCAGAUGGGGAUUCUGCCUGGAGACAGUAACACAAUACCGGCUGACGCUUGUGUCGUAUAAAGAGUAGAAGAGUUGUCGUCCCAUUUUCUGUUGCUCUUUCAAAGGUUAUCUUAGUGUUUGGACAACUGUAAACAACCACAGGAUAAGGCUACUUUGCAAAGCCAACCCAGUCAAACUCCUCUUGUAAGGAGUCAAAGGUCAACUGGAAGACAUUGACCCAGUCCCUGGUCAGACAACUGAUGACCACAUUGAACUAUAAUAUUCACACUCCUAUUCUCGAGAUGCACUCCUCUCUGUCUCCUCUCUGCCUCCUCUCUGCCUCCUCUCUGUCUCCUCUCUGUCUCCUCUCUGUCUCCUCUCUGUCUCCUCUCUGCCUCCUCUCUGUCUCCUCUCUGCCUCC